AUGUUGCCGUCAAAACGACCAAAGAUUGAGUCCAGUGAGGAGUCGUCUUCCUGGGAACUGGCCUUGAAAAAUGACCUCGAAACAAUGAAAGGUGAAGUUGAACCUAUUGAUGUGAAGAAGUCGUCAACAACCAAGAUGGAAACAGUCACAUACAGACCAACCUACCGCGCUGUUCUCGCCAAGAAAGGCCUUCUUGUUAAGCAGACGCUGGGGAGCGGAAGUUAUUCCAAGGUGAAAUUCGCCUACUGUCUGGAUAAUUAUGAUUACCAAAAAGCUGCCGUUAAGAUCAUCGAUAGGAACAAAGCCCCAAGAGAUUUUCAGACACGAUUUCUGCCCCGCGAGCUUUCAAUUUGGCCUCGAAUGAUACAUCCAAACAUAGCUCGAAUGUAUGAAAUGUUUGAAGACAACAUUCGUGUCUAUAUGAUCCUUGAAUUCGCUGAAAAUGGCGAUGUAUUGCGUUACAUUCAAAAAUCUGGCGCAAUUAAGGAUCACCUUGCAAGAAUCUGGAUACGGCAAGUAGGUGACGCCGUGAAGUAUCUCCAUGACCAGGAUAUAACACACAGAGACUUAAAACUAGAAAACCUCUUGCUAGACUGCGUCUUUAAUAUCAAGAUCUGCGAUUUCGGGUUUGUGAAGAGCCAUUCCAUGAAAGAGCUAAGCAAGACCUACUGCGGUUCCAAGUCGUACGCGUCACCGGAAAUUCUCCGCGGGGAGCCGUACGACCCGAAGAAAGCAGAUAUGUGGGCCAUGGGAGUGAUCCUAUACAUCUUCAUCACCGGGAAAAUGCCUUUUGAUGAGAGCAAAGGAAAUACUGGCGUUCUAGAAGAACAACGGAAGUUGAACUUUCCCUGGCAAAAGUUCAGAUACGUCACACCGGAAGUGAAGGCCAUCAUUCUAACCUUGUUCAAGAGCAGCUACACGGAGCGUCCCGGGAUAGAUGACGUGAUGGAUCUCACUUGGAUUUCCGCCGACCUGAUCCCUGGGGACGGCACCGAGCGCCAGGGCAACCGGAAGUCCCAUCACUCCUCCAUCCAAAACCAGGACAAACCGGAUAUUCAACGGGAGUUUGCCAUCGCACUUCAAAGCAGAACCAAGUCUAAAUGA